CAAAUUCUUAAAAUUAAAGGGAAAAAAUUCUUUUUUGGUGAUAGUGUCUGAGUUGAUUUUUAAAAUCUGUUUCGCCAUUUUAUGCAUGAGGGGCCCCCGGCCGGUGGCGGAGGGCAACACUGGUUAUUUAUUUAUACUUCCCUGCGUUGGGUAUGUUUUUAGACUGCGCUGCAGUCGACGCAUGGGAAGCUGCAAAAAUGGCUGAGGAACAGGAGGUACAACAUCUAGAAUUACUGUGCAAACAACUCUAUGAAUCCAAUGAGCCAUCGGUCCAAAUUGGGGCUGAGAAAGCUUUGAUCGGUUUUCAGAAUGGGACUGACACAUUGCCAAAGUGCCAGCUCCUCCUCGACAGAGGGGACUCUAGCUAUGCUCAGCUCCUGGCAGCAACGACCCUCACCAAACUGAUAUCAAAGAAUGCCCAAGCAGUCAGUUUACAACAACGAAUUGAUAUAAGAAAUUAUGUUUUAAAUUAUUUAGCUACAAGACCAAAGUUAGCUACUUUUGUUGUCCAAGCUUUGAUAACAUUAUUCGCCAAGAUUACAAAGUUUGGUUGGUUUGAUACUGUUAAAGAUGAAUUUGUUUUUCGUAAUGUUAUAAGCGAUAUAACUAAAUUUUUACAGGGGUCAGUUGAACAUUGUAUGAUAGGGGUUCAACUCCUUUCUCAACUGACCUGCGAAAUGAAUCAAAUAUCGGAAGCAGACGCAAAUAGAUCGCUGACAAAGCAUAGGAAAAUUGCCUCAUCGUUUAGGGACACCCAGCUUUUUGAAAUAUUUCGCUUAUCAUGUUCCCUCCUCGGUACGGCCAGCGAAAACUGUAAAAGUUUGAAUUUUAACGAUGAAGGCCAACAUGGGUUGAUGAUUCAGCUUUUAAGGCUGGCACAUAACUGUUUAACAUUCGACUUCAUCGGGACUUCGACAGACGAAAGUUCUGAUGACCUGUGCACAGUCCAAAUUCCUACUUCUUGGAGGCCGGCUUUCUUAGAUUUUACCACGCUUAAGCUUUUCUUCGAUAUGUACCAUUCAUUACCCACUUCUCUCUCUCCUUUGGCUUUGUCAUGUCUGGUUCAGAUCGCAUCCGUUAGAAGGUCUCUGUUCAGUAAUACAGAGAGAUCAAAGUUCCUAACCCAAUUGGUCAAUGGUGUCAAACACAUUUUACAAAACCCUCAGGGCCUUAGUGAUCCUAGUAAUUACCAUGAAUUCUGUAGACUUUUAGCUCGACUUAAGUCAAAUUACCAACUUGGCGAGUUGGUCAUUGUCGAAAAUUAUAGAGAAGCUAUUCAACUUAUAGCAAAGUUUACUGUUCAAAGCCUCCAGAUGUGGCAGUUUGCGCCAAACAGUGUACAUUAUCUUCUGAGCUUGUGGCAGAGGAUGGUCGCCUCGGUACCGUAUGUGAAGGCCAUCGAGCCGCAUUUCCUUGAAACCUAUACACCCGAAGUCACGUCGACUUAUAUCACCUCGAGGCUCGAAUCAGUGGCUGUUGUUGUGAGAGAGGGGCUCGAAGACCCCUUGGAUGACCUUGGCAUGGUCCAGCAGCAAUUAGAGCAGCUUUCCGUAAUCGGGAGGUGUGAAUACCAAAAAACUUGUGCUCUUCUAGUCCAGCUGUUUGAUCAGUCGGCGACGCUCUACCAAGAACUCCUCUCAUCCCCUCACCAACCGCAGAUGGACAUUUCAAUCCAGCAGGGUCGGCUUACCUGGUUGGUGUACAUAAUAGGAUCUGCGAUAGGUGGGCGUGUAUCGUUUAACAGCAAUGACGAACACGAUGCAAUGGAUGGUGAAUUAGUGUGCAGGGUCCUACAGUUAAUGAAUCUUACUGAUUCAAGAGUAUCUCAAGGAGGUUGUGAAAAAUUAGAAUUAGCUAUGUUAAGUUUUUUCGAACAGUUUAGGAAAAUAUAUGUUGGUGACCAGGUCCAAAAAAAUUCCAAAGUAUAUAGACGACUUUCUGAAGUUUUAGGUCUUAAUGAUGAAUCGAUGGUUUUGAGCCUUUUUGUAAGAAAGAUUAUUACAAAUCUAAAAUAUUGGGGGAGGAGUGAGCAGACGAUUUGUAAAACCCUUCAGCUCCUGCAUGACUUAACUGUCGGGUACAGUUGCGUACGUAAGCUUGUCAAAUUGGAUGAAGUUCAGUUUAUGCUGAACAACCACACUAGUGAGCACUUUCCAUUUCUUGGCAAUGGGGUUCCAGUCAGUGAAAUGAGAUGUAGAUCCAUUUUUUACACGUCGCUCGGUAGAUUGCUUAUGGUAGACCUGGGUGAAGACGAAGACAGAUUCACUUCUUUCAUGGUGCCAUUGACAAAUGCUUUUGAAUCGAUUGGAGCAAUGUUGGCCAAUGCCGGGACACCAGUUUUUGCUCCAGAUGAGGCGAAGACGGCUUUGAUCGGGCUGGCAAGGGAUCUGCGCGGUCUUGCCUUCGCAUUCAAUACAAAACAGUCUUACAUGAUGCUCUUCGAUUGGAUUUAUCCCGCGUACACGCCAAUAUUACUCCAUGCGAUCGAGCUGUGGUACAUGGAGCCACAAGUCACGACACCUGUUUUAAAGCUGUUUGCUGAGCUUGUUCAAAAUAGAUCGCAAAGAUUGCAAUUCGAUGUCUCAUCUCCAAAUGGGAUAUUGUUAUUUAGGGAAGCUAGCAAAGUCAUUUCAAGUUAUGGAUCAAAUAUUUUAACGAUAGUGGAUGUUCCUGAAGAUCAAAUGUAUCCCAUGAGACUGAAAGGCAUCUCAAUUUGUUUCUCUAUGCUUAAGGCGGCACUUUGCGGUAGUUAUGUAAAUUUUGGUGUAUUUAGGCUGUACGGAGAUAACGCUUUGGACAACGCUCUUAAAACCUUUGUCAAAUUGCUUUUCAGCAUACCACUUGUAGAUUUAUUGGAUUACCCAAAAUUGUCACAAACGUAUUAUUUGCUGUUAGAAUGUUUAGCUCAGGAUCAUAUGAGUUUUUUAGCCACACUUCAACCAUCUUUAUUUUUUUAUAUACUCUCGUCUAUAUCAGAGGGACUUACAGCACUAGGUUCUUUUACAGAUACCCUUGUUUGUACUGGCUGUUGUGCCAGUCUCGACCACAUCGUUACAUACCUUUUUAAACAAGUUACGCAGAAAGGUAAGAAGCGCCGUGGGGUGAACCAGCCACAGAAUGACAUGUUUCUCCAGGUGCUUGAACUUCACCCGGAAAUUCUCCAUCAGAUCUUGAGCACAGUUCUGAACAUAAUUAUGUUUGAGGACUGCCGGAACCAGUGGUCGAUGUCACGACCCCUCCUCGGACUUAUCUUACUGAAUGAAGAUUAUUUUAAUAAGUUGAGGGAAAAUAUAAUAAGGAGUCAACCGGCUGACAAGCAGUCUGCUAUGGCACAGUGGUUUGAGAACUUGAUGGAAGACAUCGAGAGGAAUUUAGUUACAAAAAAUAGAGAUAAGUUCACACAGAACUUGUCGAUAUUCAGGCGGGACGUGAAUGACGCUUUAAAGGGGCCUUUCCUCACAACAGCGUCCGCCUCCGACAUGAUGACAUCGUAGUCAACGUGUACCGACAUUUUCCACUUUCCACUCAUAGACUGAUCAAUAAAAUUAUUUUUUUAGAUUCUGCAUAGCCGGAUAGAAGUAGAUGCAUUUACCUCCCUCUCCUCGUGAAUUCGGGCCAGUGUAAAUAACCACAUAUAUACUCAAAAACCCUCUCUGGUGUAUAAUUGUUUUCACUUAAGCAACUUGUAUAAUUUAGGCCCAUGAAAGAGGCAUCCUGACUUAUAACUCUUAACAGGUGUAUUUCUUUUAAAAAAAAUUCUUUAUUUGUUUUCUUUAGUGAACAUACAAAAUUUUGAAGUUGUGUUAUAAAAUAGCACAUACACAAUACACUUAUUGUCUACUUGAAAAAGGAACUGUAAUGCUAUUUGCUUUUACAUCACCUAGAAUUCCCUUCUUGACAAAAAGUAUGAAUGGUAUUAUGAUUAUUUGUAUAAUUUUCUGUGCAUAAUGUAUAUAUAUAUCUAUAAUAAUUUAUGAAAAAAAGGGGUGAAUAUGUGUAGUUGAGAAUAUGAGGAAAUUCCAUACUCGUUUUAUAAAGUAAUCUUGUAAGUUUGUAAAGAAAAUUUGACAAAAAAUAAAAUAAUAAAUAACAUUACUAAUGCCCCACUUUGUCUUGUAAUUUAUAUACAACAGUGAUAGUAGCUUAGAUCGCUGCGACUAUUUUGUCGGGAUCUCUAGGAAGAAUCUAUACCAUGUAUGGACUUCCUUAAUAGGAAAAUAACAAAAAGAACCACAGAAUGUGUGGAUUAUUUUUCUUUUAAUUAUCAGUACAUUUAGUUUUUUUUUUAUUAUAUAAAUUAAAUUGCUUAUUCCAUAAGUCUUCAAAUGGGAAAUUGGUUGUGAUUUUAUUUAUAAUUUUUAUAUUCUAUCCGCAGCAACAAAAGCGGCAAAGGAUCAGUCCUGGAAGCGUUGAUACACAUUAAUUUUUUACAAGUUGCAAAAAUGUUAAUCUCGCCUCAUUAAUGAGAAACAUUCCAUUUAAUUUUAAAAACACGUUAAUUAGAAGUACUGUAUCGGUUGGCAAUAGCUUGUUUAUUUUUUAUAAUUCAAGAGCAAAAAUUGUCAUCAGUUGCAUUCAAACAAUUAAAAAAAAAAAAAAAAAAAAAAAAAAACUUUU